AUGUUCUUUUCUUUCUGGGGUCUGCUUUCUUCUGUUUUUGUUUUAUUGAUUUGUGUCGAGUGUUUAAUUUUGUAUUGGUUUAUUUAUUUGUUCUUCGUUCGCGGUGUUUGUCGUAACACACCUCGUCUGUUUCUCUCUCACUUUUCUAGUUCAUUGACAAUUGAGUUGGUUAAUGAAGAACGAAUUGGGAAUGAUAAUGGUGGUUUGGCGGAGAUUGAUGAUGAAGAAGAAGAAGUGGUUGAUGAAGGAAUUGGUAAUGAAUUAGAUGAUUUUUUGGACAGUGAAGUAGAAGAGUGGUUAAGGAUGAAUAUGGAAGAUUAUGAUGAAUAUUUAGUGCGGAGUGGGAAUAGUGGUGCUUCAAAAUCCGCCAUUGAUGGGUUGGAGAAAGAGAAAUUUGGGUGUGGAUUUGAUGGAGAUGAAACUACUGCUACUAAUUGCGUGGUUUGUUUGGAUGAUAUUUCGGUUGGGAAUGAGUUCACUCGGUUGCUCUGUUCUCAUGGUUUUCAUUAUCAGUGUAUUAUUCAGUGGUUGGAAGAAAGCAACAACUGCCCAAUUUGUCGUUAUGAAAUUCCAGAUUAG